AAACAGAAACAGACACAAUACAAGACGAGACGAGACGAGACGAAAGAAAGACUUCAAAGUCAGCCAGUCAUGUCAUGUCGAACAAUCCUCCCCAGCCAGAAAAAAAAUAUAAAAAUAGAGAAAUUUUAUCUACUCCAUCAUCUGUACUUAUUGCCUCGGCUCCGUAACUACCCCCUCAUACUCCCUCGACCGAAUAUACUCGAGCGUCCGCUCAAAAUGCCGUCGGGGGUUCUCCAAACUCGGGUUUGCUUCCCCCUCAUCCGUCUGCAGGUUCGAGUGGAUCAGCUCGAUCAGCCCGUUCAGAUACUUGGUCGUCACCGUCUCGUUCUGCUGGUCAAAGUAGUACACGUAGCGGUUCAGGAUCUCCACGAAUAG